AUGAAUAAAGGAAUAGUAUUCAAUCUCAACUUUGAGGAAUGGAGACAGAUUCGUAAAAAUUUGGAUCAGACAUUGAUGUCAUAUAGAUUCCAGAAAGAAAACAUUGUCAUGAUUCAAAAAUUAUUUGGUGAGAUGACUGAAUAUUGGCGGGAUCUCGGUGAAAAUGCACCAGUUGAUCUAUCAAUAUGGAUUAAUCGAUUGUUCUCGGAUUAUAUUUUCCUGACAGCCACUGGCAUGUCAUGUCAUUUCUUAACCCAAGAGUUUAAUAACCAAUGUUCGGGUGCUCAAAAGUUGUCGGUUCAACAAGAGGCAAUAGAGUUUUCAACUUCGAUUACGAAGCAAAGUCAAACGCACAGAGAAGCUAUUCAAUUUUUUAUUUUGGCUCCGGAAUUUGUUUGGCGUUUUGCUUUAAGAGGAAUAACUAAUAAAUAUUUGGAAAAUCGAGUAAAAUUUUAUCAGCAACUUGACUCGAUAAUAGAAAAGCGUCUAGAACAAAUAGCAAAUGGAAAUAUUUUAAAAUAUGAUGCUCUUGAUUUAAUGAUUCAAACAGAAAUUGAUCAUCAGAACACAUUAGGAACCGAAAGCAAAUUGCCGAAUCGAUCGAUAAAUGUUGCUAAUAUUCGUGAAGCGUUGGUAACCGUUAUUAAUGGCUCAAUUGAAACGGUCCCAAUGCGAAUUACUAGUUUUACUGCAAUGAACAAUCGGAGCAACACCCAUGCUGAUAAAAUUGGCAAUCUUGUAUGGAAAUCUGGAACACAAUUCAUUAUCAAUUCGGCAGCAAUCUGUCAUGAUCCGAAAUUAUGGCAUGAUCCCGAAAAAUUUAACCCUGAACGCUUUUUAUUAAACCCCAGUGCAAAAGACACAUUUUUUGUAUUUGGACUCGGACCAAGGACAUGUCCUGGUAAACAUAUUGCUAUAGCGAAUAUCAAAGUCCUUGUGGCGCUGCUUUAUCGCAAGUAUUCCUUAGAAUUGUUGGAUAAGGAUUUACCAAUAAAGCAGAAAUUCGUGUUAAUUAAUAAUUGUAAAGGGGCUAAAGUAAUUCUUCAGAAAAUUUAA